GAUAUGUCCGCGGGCUGCCUGCGGCUCCGAGCUGGGUGUGGGACUGGGGGAGAGGAGGCAGGAAACACGUGGCUGCGCUGCAGCUGUGUCCGUGGGGGAUGAGCGCGAGCAGUCUGGCCGCUGGGGCCUGGCUUGGGUGUUGUAUACCUAAGGUGAAGUUUUUCUUACCAUGUGGAAAAAUAGAGGUCGGACCGGUAGAAAGAGAAGAAGAAAACAAUUUAGUAGUUUGCCUUCAAAUGGAGUAAACCAGAGUCACAUACUGGAAUAUAUACAACUUAGGAAGUGGCUGAAAGAGAGGGGGUUUGAUGACCGUAAUUUAAGACCAGCACAGUUUUCAGAUACGGGAAGAGGCCUAAUGACCACAAAAGCCUUUCAGGCGGGGGAAGUGAUUAUUUCGUUGCCGGAGAAAUGCUUGCUCACCACUGGUACUGUCCUUAGUAGCUACCUUGGGGAAAACAUUGCAAAGUGGAAGCCUCCCAUAUCUCCUUUGAUAGCACUGUGCACAUUUUUAAUAGCAGAGAAAUAUGCUGGUGAGCAAUCUGUGUGGAAGCCUUAUCUUGAUGUUUUACCAAAGACCUAUACGUGCCCUGUUUGUUUGGAUCAAGAAGUAGUGAGACUUCUUCCUGAGCCCUUAAGAAGGAAGGCUCAGGAGCAAAGAACAGUGGUCCAGGAACUGUAUACCUCUUCCAAGUCUUUUUUCUCUUCUCUGCAGUCUUUGUUUACUGAGAAUGUAGAAACUGUUUUUAACUACGAUGCCCUGCAGUGGGCUUGGUGUACCAUUAAUACUAGAACAGUGUACAUGAAGCAUUCACAGAGGGAAUGUUUCUCUAGAGAACCAGAUGUUUAUGCACUAGUGCCUUAUUUAGAUCUGCUAAACCACAGUCCAAAUGUUCAGGUAAAAGCUGCAUUUAAUGAGCAGACAAGAUGUUAUGAAAUCAGGACAGAGUCACAUUGCAGAAGACAUGAAGAACUGUUUAUCUGUUACGGGCCUCAUGAUAACCAGCGACUUCUGCUAGAAUAUGGAUUCGUUGCCAUCAACAACCCACAGAGUGGGGUUUAUGUCUCAGCAGAUAUCCUUCUUAAACAUAUCUUUUCAGCAGACAAGCAGAGAAAUAUGAAGCUUUCCAUUCUAAAGGCUCAUAACUUGUUAGAAAAUUUGACGUUUGGAAGGGAUGGGCCAUCAUGGAGACUCCUCACAGCUCUCAAGUUGUUAUGUCUUGGAGCAGAUGAAUUUACCUACUGGAAGAAAGUGCUGCUUGGUGAUAUAAUUUCAGCCAGAAAUGAAGAGAGGAGUUUGAACAUAGCGGCAAAAAUAUGCUUUUCUUUAAUAGAGGAGACACAGCACAGCCUUCACCAGAUUUCCCAAAUGAAAAAGGACAAGGUGAACCUUGAAAACCAGCUGGCUUUGGUAGAAGUACUGCGCCUGGAAGAUCUGACGAUCCUGCAAACAUCAGCAGAAAUUCUGUACAACUUGCACCCUGCAAUAACUUGACCUGUUCAGAAAGCAGACCCUGACUGUCACAGCACAGUGGCUUUCACUUACCAGGAGCUAGAGGCCUGCUUGACCCAAACAUUUUUGAUGACCAGUAGCAUCAAGGAAUAAUGUAAAAUUAUGGUGGAAAAGCUGUCCAGUUUCAUUUAUGGGUGUUGACAUCAGCCAUAGGGACAUACUCUGUGCCGCUUCUCCUGAGAGGCGCAGCCUAGAAAAUGCAGCGGGCAAGAGUGGCUUUGUCACCUUUGUCAUCUAGAUUCUGGGCUGCUGUGGGGACCAAAACAGCUGGAAUAAUUAGAGCAGUUCCAGGGGCUGAUGGAACUUCAUCUACCUGGGGACUGGACUAUAGUCCAGAAUUUCCAUAGUGCCAAGCAGCUACUCCCUGGUAUGUCCCUACUUUUGUGGCUUACAUGGGAAGGCAGUGCAGAGCUACUUGCCUCACCCUAUGUUAUUUGUGUGCGAGGGCCAUCCUCUGCUGACCCUUUUGUAUCUCAUUUAUGGUCCCUGGACUUUGCUGGGAUGAUUAUAUAAGGUCUGGAGCACAGGCCAUGUCAGCCCCACAAUGACUCAAAAACAUUCAUCCAAUGCCCAACCCAAAUGCAUGUAUAGUACACUGAUGCUGGAGGCUCGGGUGGUGGCCGUCAUGCAGAAGUGUAGAUUUCCCUCCCCCCAUUUAAAAAAACUCCUCCAGAUUGUUGCCAGCCUAUGUGAUUAUUGCUCCUCCUCUGAACAACAAACAGAUGUGCUUGAGUUUAUUUUGAGCUGUGGUGUUGUAAUAGUUUGCAUGUUGGCUAUUCAGGAAAUCCACUCUGAUGCAUUCUACCAGUCCCGAUUGUCACAUGGAGAAAUUUCCCUCUCCUGUCCCCUUUUUGCCUUUCCUGAUCGAUCUGGCUGGACUUCAUAGUUGUCGGAGGGUUAGGGUAACUAUUGACAUUAGGGCCGUACCUGUGUGAAUGGUCUUGUAUCUUAUUAUUUUUUUGUGUGCUUUCCUGCAGGCCCUCGGUCUCUCACUUUUGUGUUUUCUAGUAUGGAUCUGCUGCAUGUCAACAAUUUACUAAUACCCUAGUAGCUUUGGAAAAGCUAAUGUGGGAUAAAGUCUUGGUCAAGGGAGAUAUGUGAGGUGAUGGGCAAAGCUUGAAGAGGAAAGGAAAGAGGAUAUCUUGGGUUCCACGGCUAUGGGAUCGGUAUAAGGACAUAGAUAAAUGGCUACAAAGUCAGUUGAAAACUGUCAUGUGCACAGGGCCUGUAUAAUUUGGGAGUUGGCUGACUCACAGAGUUAGAGGCAAAAAGGGACACUUUGAGCAUUUAGUCUGACCUACUGUAUAUCACCGGCCUCUAAAUUUCACCUAGUUACCCCUGUAUUUAGCCUAAUAACUUGUUUGACUAAAGCCUAUCUUCCACUUUGGCAUCCAGUCUUGACUUGAAAACAGUAGAGAUGGAGAAUCCACCCAUGGUUCCAGUGGUUAACCACAGUCACUGCUAGAGAUUUGUGCCUUAUUUCCAAGUUGAAUUUGUCUGGCUUCUGCUUCAAGCCAUUGGUUCUUGCUAUGCCUUUCUCUUCUAGUUUAAAGACCCUAUUAGUACCCAGUCUUUUCUCCCCAUGAAAGAACUUGUGCAUUGUAAUCAAGUCACCUCUCAAUCUUUUUUGAUAAGCUUAACAGAUUGAGCUCUCAUUGUAUCUCAUUGUGAGGCAUUUUCUCCAGCCCUUGAAUCAUUUUUUGGGGGGCUCUUUUCUACACCCUCUCCAAAUUUUCUACAUUGUUUUUUAAAUUGUGGAUACCAGAACUGUAGGGGCAGAAUUCUAGUAUCAGUCUCACCAAUGCUGUGUACAGAGGUAAUAUCUUCCCCUUAUUCCUACUAGUAACUUUGCAUUUGUCUGUAUUAAAAUGCAUUUUGUUUGAAUGGGGCCAACUUUACCAAGCAAUCCAGAUAACUUUGCAUGACUGCCCUAUCCUCAUUAUUAUUUAUCACUAUGACAAUCUUUUUGUGUCAUGUGCAAAUUUUAUCAGCAGUGAUUUUUUUUAUAUUUACUUCCAGAUCAUUGAUGAAAAUAUUGACUGCUACUAGUCCCAGCGCUAAUCUCUGCAAAACCCCACUAGAAACACUGCCUGAAAGAUUGCCUCUCAAAGAAUAUGUCUGUGGCCUGUGGAGUACAGGCACUACACGUGUAGCUACAUGCUGCAGUGAAAGGCAAGCUGUAUAUACACCUGUUGCUGUGGGGUAGAGCUACAGGCUGCAGUGAAAGUCUCCAGCAGCAGGGAGUGGGAAAAGGCUCUGGCAGUGGAGAAGCCGCUGGAAUCUCCCUGGUGCUUGAGCCUCUCGCUGUGUAGGAAAAAGACUCGAACACUGUUAAAAAUAGCAGCAUAGAUGUGGGUGUGUAGAGAGCCUGUGUUGGGUGUACACACCGUGUGGUUCAAGUGUGUAGGAUACUCUACUCGCCUAAGCAGUUCCUCCUCAUUUACACUGCUGUUUAUAUGUGUGCUAGCGGGGCAUGCAGUGUCUCUACGUUUAUGGCAGCAUGUAGACAUACCUUAAGUGUUACACCACCACACUUCAGAUCAACAGAGGUACCAGAGCUAGAGUUCUUUCAUUUUAAAUAGGAGGACAUUCUCUUAGAAGGUCUCUCUCCUCUAUAAUUUGCUUCCGUCCCCCCCCCAACCACACUUGGUCCACCAACACCUGAAUUUAUUAACCUUUCCAUCAUGCUUCAAGACUCUUCUCUUCACCUGAACAUUUGGAAAGAUGGGUUGAGGGAGAAUUUUAUUUUUGUCAGAUAAUUACUGAAAUGGGAUGAACGGUCUAGAUGAUGAUGAUGUAAAUAAAAGAGACUAUCUGGGAAGGGAGUUGAUUGCUAUUUUAUUGCCCUUUUUUUUGUACCCAAUUGCUCUUGGCCUGUUAUGUUAUGGGAGCUUGUGGCCUCACACUGCAUUUUGUAAGGAAGUCUUACUAUAAUGUUAGUCAUAUGUAAAAUGAACUAUGGUAUAAAAAAUAACAUAAGGCUCUGUUUUUAUUGUGUGUUUGAACAGCUCCUAGCACACCUAAUAGGAGCCUGGGCCAUGACUAGGGCUCCUAGAUGUUACAGUAAUACUAAUAAUAAGGUAAUAACAAAACUGAACGUACGUAUAUUUUAGUUACAUCAGAAAAGCCCAUCUAUUAAACACUUUUAAAAUAACGUAAUCUCUUUGAAGUGGUGUCAAGAGUCACUACAAAUCACUCCCUGCAUUUUACACUCUCAGUUGUAGCGUGGUGUAACAUGUCCUAGGGGCCCUUACAGCAGCUGGGGAAGGGCCAGAGUGUAGCGAGCUCCAGCCAUGCUUGUCCCUGCUCUGACAAGCCCACCGUCCCUGGAGUGUUGAGAAGGGGUGGUGUGAAGCAGGGUAUGCUAAGAUUCUCCUAGGCCAGGGAAAUUCUCAAUAGCUCAUGUAGAUCCUUUUUGUAACACAGAGACGGUUCAAAGGGAACUUUGGUGCUGAGGAGUUGUGACUAAUGCCAGGAACUGAUUAUCUGCUUAGUUUCAUUUAAUAAAAUUAUCCCUAGAGAACAUAGGAUGUGACCCUGAGUUGCUAUCAAUCUGCAUAUUUCUAUGUAGUUAAUGGAACUAGGCUAAUGUAGACCAGCUGAAGAUCUGGCCUUGAGUAUGUUGAAUAGUUAAUAGCAGUGUUUUACAGAGUUGGACACAGAGGGGUUUAGAGAUUAUUUUGAGGUGAUAUGGGGCUGUAAUUAAGACUGCUGUGCUUAGAGCAAUUUCCAUUUCUGUAGGUAUGAUAGGUGGCCUUGGACUUGCAGGAAAACACUACAGUUUGACAGUGGACUAAUGUCAAAGGCAAAAUCCUGCCCCACCCUAAACUAUGAAGUCACUAUCCGUGCGUGUGUACUACACUUCAACGUCAGCUUUGCUGAAUUGCACCCUUAGGCACAUGUGUAAGACUUCAAUAGGGCUUAAGUGGUUUGCUGAAUCAGAGCCUAAAAUACAUCUGAGCUAAGGCAUCCUAAGAUGGUUUACCUAACCACCUUUGCACAUUCUUAGCUUCUCUAGCUCUCAUUCUAGAAGCUUAAAAGGACUCUUGUUAUCUUAGUAGUUUAGUUUUAGUAACUUGCUGUUAGUUAACAUUUGCCUCAAAGAGUUUAAUCAGUCUGUCAUUUAAGUGUAGUUCUACUGUGAAAAGAGACACUGUAAAAAUAGCCCAUUCUCAUUCAUUCCACAGAUCUACUCCUUGUGGGUGUUCAAGGCAGAUCUGCAAACUUUAGAACCACUACUAUGUUUUUACCAAUAUAGAUUUGGGGGAAGCGAGCUAUAUUUUAUUCGGACUUGCUUAGCAUCAGCAGAACCGUUAAAGUCCAAAAUACAGAGCUACAUUCUGCCUUCAGUUAUGCUUGUGCAACUACAGAGAAGACAAUAGGUCUACAUAGGUGUAAGAGCAGCAGGAGCAGAAUCUUCAUUGCUAGUGGCAAUACAUAAGACAAGAAAUAACCCAGCUUGACUCUCACAUCCUAAGGUGCAGAGCUGGCAUUUGGGGGAGGGGGAGGUUUUUUUUGUCAGCUGAACAAAUGAAAUCUGGAGUCACUGAAAAAUUAUAAACACAGCAGCCUAUAAUGCCAUCUAACCUGAGUCAUUUUUUAGAAUAGAACCUCACUUUACAGUGAACAUCCUAUGGAUUUUCUUUGAUCUCUUCUGGUGAGUGGCUUCUAGUUUUCAUAUUUCUUCAGCAAUAGGGUGGAGAGCAUUCAUAAUUUCUUAGUGUUUUUAGACCUAACUGAUCAGAACAAGGUAAGAUAGCAUCAGCUCUCAAGCCCUGUUAAUUAAAGCUUUAAGUACACUAUGAAAACAUUUCAAAAAUGACACUCCCUAAGGAAGAGAUCUUUAAGUGAUGUCUCUAAGGAUACAUUGCCCCUAUAAGGUUGAACAUUCCCUGCAAAUAUAAAAUCUUUUUGAAGAAGGUCCUUGGGAAUUAUCUGAAGUGAUUACAAGCACACAGUGCAUCUAUAAUUAUAGAUGAACAUAAUAAACAGAAUGCUGGGAAAGGUUUGCAAUAAAAUCUGCCUGGUUUGUUUAAUUACACAGUACACUUGGACUAAGUUUGCUGAACACUUUGCAACCUACCCUUGUGUUCAUUUUUGCAGCAAAAUCAUGUGGAAUUCAUAGUGUGUCAUCAUUUCCACAUGAAACCAAGAGAAUCUUGGCAUUUGUGACUGAUUUUAGUCAUAUCUAAAACCCAAACUGAGAUGAUAUGAAUUCACACAGACUGAAAUGGAAAUAAAUCAUCACAUAAUUCCCAUGAGUUUUAUAUUUUAAUAUUCUUUAGGCUGUCUAAAACCCUGCAAUGAAGUUCUAUAUUAUUAGCCAUUUGUAUUCUAUAUUGCUAUAACGCCUCGGAUCCCCAGUCACAGACCAGGAUCCCAUUGUGCUAGGUGCUGCACACAGAACAAAGAUACAGACCCUACCCCAAGGACAUUACAAUCUGCGUAUAGAAAAUGAGCUGACAGCUAGAUACAGGCAGAUGAGGGAAUACAAGGAAAUUGAGGCAAUACUGUGCAAAUAGACAACAUAGUCAUGGUGGGGGAAGGGGUAGAACACACAAGCAGAGUGAACAGUGUGAUGGCAGCAAAUGGCAUAUGUUAGUUCCAUAAGUUUUUGGAGAGAGAUGGGUUGGUGGAUUUACUUUGGAGGGGAUCAGCCAAAUGGACAGAGAAAGGAAGGAGAGAAUACAAGGGGUAGGUGUUGGGAGGUGGAGGUGAAGAGACCUGCAGAGGGAAGGGGAGGAUUAGAGUGAACAGCCAAUCAGCACAGGACACAAAAUCAAAGAGCAUUCUCAUUUUGACUGGAAUGCCCAGAAAUUCCUACUUUGCCAUUAGUCAUAAUAUACCAGUAAGCAAAGAAUUAAUGUGAAACACAGUCUCUCAAUUAUUGUUUCUGCUAAUCACACAAUGUGCUAAGUUCAGAACAAACACAAAGGUGUUCAAAAACACAAUACUGAUCGAACUGCAUGAAAUUAGUGUAAUUUCUGUAGAUGUCCACUAGAUGAUGCAAAUGUACUGCAGAAAGAUAGGAAACUACAUUAUAGCAAGAAAUAAUUAUAUUUGCUGUAUUUUAUAUUUCAAUAUUAGGGAGAGAGUAGCAUUUUUUCAGUGGGCCAUGGUUAUUAUUUGAUUUCCAUAGUUAAGAAAAAUAUCCAUUUGUUGAAUAUCUAUUUAGCUUUUAGGAUCAAGUUACAAAACUUAUAUUCUAGUCUGCUGCAAUGUUGGUUCCAGGAUACUAGAGAGACAUGUGCGAGGUACACAGAAGAAUCUUGUCUCUUCCACCAAUAGAAGUUGUCACCUCAACCACCUUGUCAUUUUAGUCCUCUGCAUUUAGGACAAGAAAGAAGCAAAAUCUCUUGAAGGAACUUUAUCCCUUAUUCGGCAUGCUUCCAUCUUUUUUCUGUUUUAUCUAUCUUUUUUGUAGUAGCCUCCCCAAAUUUAGAGCAGAUCUGAAACUCCAUUCCAAGACACAGACCUUGGGUGAAUUCUGGUCUCAUGCUAUUCUGGUUCAACCCCAUUGACUGAGGUCUGGUCUACACUAUAGAAUUCGCUUGACACAAGGCAGCAAAAGUUGACCUAACUGUGUCUACACUAAAAUUUCACUUCUGCCAACGUAAUUGCCCUGCUACGAUAAUAACUCCACCUCCACGAGAGGUAUUGAGUCAAUGUCGAUGUAGUUAGAUCGAUACAAUGUCAGUGUAGAUUAGGGAGACCAGAUGUCCCGAUUUUAUAGGGACAGUCCUGAUUUUUGGGUCUUUUUCUUAGAUAGGCUCCUAUUACCCCCCACCCUCUGUCCCGAUUUUUCACAUUUGCUAUCUGGUCACCCUAGUGUAGACGCUGUUGCUUACAUUGACUUUCAGAAGGCAUCCCAGAAUGCCUCACACUGACAGUAUAAUCGGGACAAGUGCUCCUGGUGAGGCUGUACACUGCUGACACGAGUGUAGUGUGGACACACAAAAGUGAUUUAAUUAUUGCAGUGGCUGUAUGCUGACCUGACUGAGGGUGCCAUAAUUUUGUAGUAUAGACAUGCCCUUAGUGAGGUUGCCCUGGUGUAAUUGAGUACUGUCCACUUUUCUUUUUCACAGAUUCGGGUCCUGAAUUCUCCUCUCAUUUACAUUGAUGUAGCUCCACUGUCACUGGGAUUACUCCAUAUUUCAGGGUGUAUCUGAGAGCAGUUCUGGGGCCUCUGUCUGGUUGCAGAGAUUCAGUUUCUUUUCUCCCUCUUAAAAAAGACAGGCAAAAGUCCAUCUGUGCAUUUUGAGUCUGAUCCUCAGGAGCGCUGAGUGGCCACAACUCUGUUGCAACCAAUGGGAAUUGCAGGUGCUAUGCAGCCCUCAGGGUCUGACCCCUUGUUCCUGCACUGGCUGGCCCUCCCUCCUCCGGAUAGUUACACAGCUGCAUAUACUUGGCAGCUACCCUGACUGGCAGAGCAGAUGCUGUGCCUGAACUGAACCCUAGGAAAGUGACUAUGUCUCUCUCCCAAGCUUUUGCUGGCACGAGCAGUGGGAGUCCUAGGAGUGGACUCUGUCUUCCUACAUCAGUUUUUACAUUGGUGUAACUCCAUUGACUUCAUUGGGGUUACUUCUGACUUAUGUUGAAAAGGGGAUUAGGCCCCUAAUGUCUGUUUUAUGGCUGUGUCUACACUUAAACCUAUACAGCUGUGCCGCUGUGUUGCUUCAGUGUAGACAAUGCAGCAAUGGGAGGGGUUCUCCUGUCUCUGUAGUUAAUCCACUUCUCUGAGUGGCAGUAGCUAGGUCAACAGAAGAAUUCUUCUGUGCCAGCCUCUCAUGUCACCUACAGCUAUGCUCCAUUUUUAGUGCACUACCUCAAUCAGAGCUAGCACAGGUAUGUCUCCUCAAACUGGGAAUUAUACCUCCAGCUCAAAGUGUAGCCGUACCAUUAGAUAGAGAGAGAAGUGCAGUGCCACAAACACUGCAUCUUUUGGUCUGCAAAAUGCCAAAGAAAGUUCGAAUAAAACUGUUUUAAUCAUUGUUAAAAUCAAAAUGCUGAAAACCCACUGCGACACUAGCAGGCCAACUGCCAGUUCUUGCCAAGGCUGCAGGCAUUAGGUAAGAACUGACAAACUCAUAGCUGGAGACCUGACCAGUUUACUUAUGUGUUAGUUUUGCUCAAAAUAGGUAUUAGUUUUACAAGAAUGUAUGUAGUGUUCAGACUCCACAGAGUGUUUGUAAAUUGCUGCAUGCAUUAAUCUUAUUUGUAAUGUCUGUAUUCCAUGCUAUAAGGAAAUAUGUAACUUUUGCUUUAUAACUUUGAGUUCACAAGUUUAAAGCAAACAUUUUCAGAUGGGAAGAGUGUUUCUCCCCAGCCAUCCCGAAAAACUAUCAAAAUCAGAUGGACCAUCAAAGAACAUCACAAUACAAAGGAUUGGUGAAUGGCCCUAUUGCACCUUGGACAUUAUAUGUGCAAGGAAGCUUGUCCUAUGGACUUGGAGGCUGGAUCUAGGAAAUAAAACAAAGAUACAGGAAAUUUUUCCAUCUCUUUGCUGUUUGAACUCUCACAGGAACAGAGAUGCUACACUGAGGCCAAGAUCCCCAGAGUUUAUACCCUGGGUCUGCCCUGAAAGACAUCUUGAACUGACAGAUUAUCACAUCUCUGUCAUCUUUAGGAACCAUAGAGGGUAACUCAUUUGUGUGUAUAUAUUUGCUUGCUAUAACCUGUAUCUAACUCUCAUUUCUUUUUUCUAGUUAAUAAACCUUUAGAUAGUUUAUUACA